AUGGGUCACCACUCUUGCUGCAACCAACAAAAGGUUAAGAGAGGCCUUUGGUCUCCCGAGGAAGAUGAGAAGCUCAUCAGAUACAUUACCACUCACGGCUAUGGCUGCUGGAGUGAAGUUCCAGAGAAAGCUGGGCUUCAAAGGUGUGGCAAGAGUUGUCGUCUGAGAUGGAUUAAUUAUUUGAGGCCUGAUAUUAGAAGAGGAAGGUUUACACCUGAAGAAGAGAAGUUAAUUAUAAGUCUUCACGGGGUUGUUGGCAACAGAUGGGCACAUAUUGCAAGCCACUUACCGGGUAGAACUGACAAUGAAAUAAAGAACUAUUGGAAUUCUUGGAUCAAAAAGAAAAUUAGAAAGCCUUCGGUGACUUCAUCAAUCACCACUACACAAAGCGUUGAUCACCACCCCCAGUUCAAUUAUCAUUCCAAUCAACUAGAUCACUUCGGCAACCAAGACAGUGUAACAACAAAGCCACCGGUGCAAGAAACCAUAUUUUCCUCGACAUGCCCCUUAUUUAUGUUUGACACUAGUUCAUUAGACCAAGGGACAACAACAGUAGACACCACAAAUGUUCGAGCAGAACUCUUCCAAGAUUCAUUGGGUUUGAGCAGUGAAACGUGGAACUUGAGCCACCACCAAGUCCACGCUCUUCCUCCUCAACCAGCAGCAGCAACUUUUACAGCAGCUACAGUCAUUGAUACUACAAAUUAUCUGCCACCAUUGAUAGAGAACGUGGAAAACAUGGUGCCAAACAUGGAAGUACAGUCUUGUAGUAUAGACGAGGAAGGAGAAAUGGCACUGGAGUGUUUGCGGAGACAAGAGUUGAAUGAGUGGGUGGAGAAUCAUCAACAUUGUCCCAGCUUUCUUUUCUGGGACAACGUUGAAGGACAACUUGGGGGGGAAGAACUAGCACCAAACACGUCAAAUAUUGGAACCAAUACACUUUCACCUUUUCCUUCUUCUUUAUGA